GCUGGUGAGGAGGGCGCAGGGGGGAGGCCAGCCGGCGGGGGCGCGCGCUCUUAGAGAAACUUUCCUCGCUCACGGCCCCGGGAAGCGCGGGUGUCCCCCGUUUGCCAGCGCGCUGUUGCGGCCCCGAAACUUCUGCGCGCAACCCAAACUCACCCCACGUGAAGUGACGGACUGUUCUAUGACUGCAAAGAUGGAAACGACCUUCUACGACGAUGCCCUCAACGCCUCGUUCCUCCAGUCCGAGAGCGGUGCCUACGGCUACAGUAACCCCAAGAUCCUGAAGCAGAGCAUGACCCUGAACCUGGCUGACCCGGUGGGCAACCUGAAGCCGCACCUACGGGCCAAGAACUCCGACCUCCUCACCUCGCCCGACGUGGGGCUGCUCAAGCUGGCGUCGCCCGAACUCGAGCGCCUGAUAAUCCAGUCCAGUAACGGGCACAUCACCACCACGCCGACCCCUACCCAGUUCCUAUGCCCCAAGAACGUGACUGACGAGCAGGAGGGCUUCGCCGAGGGGUUCGUGCGCGCGCUGGCCGAACUGCACAGCCAGAACACUCUGCCCAGCGUCACGUCGGCGGCGCAGCCGGUCAGCGGGGCGGGCCUGGUGGCUCCGGCGGUAGCUUCAGUGGCGGGCGGCAGCGGCAGCGGCGGCUUCAGCGCCAGCCUACACAGCGAGCCGCCAGUCUACGCUAAUCUCAGCAACUUCAACCCCGGCGCGCUGAGCAGCGGCGGCGGGGCGCCCUCCUACGGCGCGGCGGGCCUGGCCUUUCCCGCUCAGCCCCAGCAGCAGCAACAGCAACCACCGCAGCCGCCGCACCACCUGCCCCAGCAGAUCCCCGUGCAGCACCCGCGGCUGCAGGCCCUGAAGGAGGAGCCGCAGACGGUGCCCGAGAUGCCCGGGGAAACCCCGCCCCUGUCUCCCAUCGACAUGGAGUCGCAGGAGCGGAUCAAGGCGGAGAGGAAGCGCAUGAGGAACCGCAUCGCUGCCUCCAAGUGCCGGAAAAGGAAGCUGGAGAGGAUCGCCCGGCUGGAGGAAAAAGUGAAAACCUUGAAAGCGCAGAACUCGGAGCUGGCGUCCACCGCCAACAUGCUCAGGGAACAGGUGGCCCAGCUUAAACAAAAAGUCAUGAACCACGUUAACAGUGGGUGCCAACUCAUGCUAACGCAGCAGUUGCAAACGUUUUGAGGCGAGACUGUUGGGGGCUGAGGGG